GCCACAAACAAACUGGAAAGUAUACCACAACUUUGAAGGCGGAUAUAUUUAUCCUGACAUUCUUUAGUCAGUUUUCGCUAGUAUACAUGUCCUCCGGUAGUUUUCUAUUCCAUAGACUAUUGCAUAUUGUGAUCACUCUCAGUAAGACGAGAGUGUUUGAAUCUAGGAACAAAAUGGCCAUUACAAACCUUUUUAUUAUAUUGAACCUCGGUUGUGAAAUGCUGUACGUGAUCGAUCAACGUUUGAAAGCGCAAACGAUUCCUCUGGACAAAUCCGCACAAGUUCUGCGAGAGAUAACCGAAGUGUUGUUGGAUCCGAAGUUUCUUCAUUACAUAUCAACAGCAUAUCAGCAUAAUAUGCUAACAGCACAACAAACCAGGAUACUGCUUACGGAUAUUGCCUGCUGCUCUCUCAUGCGCCUCGACGUUAGCUCAAUGGAUAAAUUGUGGGACCUGAUGGUAAUGAUUUUCAAGUGGCAAAUGUAUCUAACGUACAAAAAAACUCAAGUUUUAAUGGAUCUAACCUUCCGCCAUCUCGAUGGAAUUGGCCGACUUAUUCCGGAAAUGCGGAAACAAAUAUUGAUCGACAACGUGAAAAAGUCGCUAAUUGAAAUGUGGGAACCACUUUGUGAAGACGAUCAGACAAUUAUCCAUCGGAGAGUAUACAAGUGGCUCAAACCCUACACAACUAAAAUUUCUAUUCUGAUUCGGAUGGGUCUGCAGAGACAUGAUGGGGAGUUCGAGGCUGAAUUGCAUAAUAAUAUUUUCUAUAAUUAUUAUAUUGAUAACAUUGGAGAGAAUAUCUAUUCUAAAACAGCGAACCUCCAGGUAUUGAAGGGUCAAAUGAGCCAUUUGGAAAAGAAUAAAACAGAUUUGGAGCAGGAAGCUUCGAGCAGUCAUGAAAUCGAUACACUUGUCGAACAAUUGAAUAUUCAACACUCUGCGGAAAAUGAUCCGGAAGAUGGUUCAUGUGCUUCGGGUCAUACACCGAAAAUGGAAUCUGUACACGGGGGAUUGAAUGAAAUUAUGAUAGAUCAUAAUGGGGAAUCUGAUGUUAACUCUGAGGGCAUCUCUGAAGUUAAAUGUAAGGACGAAAGUAAUCUUACCAAAUUCAUGAAGAAAAUCAAAAUGAACGAUAGCGAUUUUAUAGUUAAUGAUGUUUCCAUUAUAAACCCGAACGAAGAACUUCUCAAAAUGUUUGACCAGAAUUUAGAUUUAAAAGAUAAUUAAAGUAUUUAUAUCCUAUACUUAUAAAAUAUACAUACACAUACACAUUUGUAUUCAGUGAUUUUUAAAAUACUUGUUGUACGUUCUAUACUAUCGGAUAUACAUCUAUGAAAAGUGUGAUAUGAAUUAAAAACAGUAGUUUUUGCACAAUUUCUCGUGAAAUAUCUUCAAUGUCCAUUAAUUAUUAACUAGUAAAAGUAAGUUUAUUAAGUAACUUGAAACUAUGGCUUAAGACUCGUUUGAAAAACAAAUAAUGAUUGUGUCAAAUUGAGAGGAGUGAUAAAAUUACAAGAAUAAAUAAGAUUCACUUCUUGAAGAAUAUCUUUAAAAUGACUACAUUAUUUUUAUUGGCUGAAUCAAUUAACUUGAAUAAUAUAUAAAACAAAUGAAUUGUUUACUUCCAUGUGCUAGAAAAAUAAUGAAGAAAAACAGAAUAUUGUGAAUACUUAAAUUCUAAUAAAUGAAAUCUUAGAAUAGGAAACCAGUUUUGGUAAUAAUAAUUGGGUAUCCUAUCAUCACUCGAAUAAAAGGUAUUACA